UUUCUCUAUAUAAACGAAGGCAACCAGAAGUGGAAGUAUUCAUACACCAAAGAACCAAACAAACAGACGAAAAAACAUCCACUUCACGAAAUGGCAACGUCGGGCACAUAUGUGACGGAGGUUCCGUUGAAAGGAUCAGCGGAGAAGCACUACAAGCGGUGGAGGAGUGAGAACCACCUCUUCCCCGACGCCAUUGGCCAUCUCAUCCAAGGUGUCACCGUCCACGACGGCGAAUGGGACUCCCAUGGAGCCAUCAAGAUCUGGAACUACACAUGCGAUGGGAAAGCGGAGGUGUUCAAGGAGAGGAGAGAGAUAGACGAUGAGAACAUGGCGGUAACUUUCAGAGGACUUGAAGGCCAUGUGAUGGAGCAACUUAAAGUGUAUGAUGUCAUCUUUCAGUUCAUUCAAAAGUCGCCUGAUGAUAUCAUCUGUAAGGUCACUAUGAUCUGGGAGAAGCAAAACGAUGACAUGCCUGAGCCCAGCAACUACAUGAAGUUCGUCAAGAGCCUCGCUGCUGACAUGGACGAUCACGUUCUCAAAGCCGUCUAAAUCCCUUUCGAAUUCGAUCCACCUCAAACCAUCAUAUAUCAUCACCCUCUUCUUUUGUGUUCGUGUGUAUCAUGUAUCUGUGUAUGGUGUUUUAAAUACAAUAAAUGUCAGUUCGCAUAUGUAUGGUUUCAUCUACUGUAAUAUGCAUGCUUUGAUGUUGUUUAAUAUGGUUGAGGUUUCAUGUAUGUUCAUCUUUA